AUUGUAACAAUACAAAAAUGGCAGUCAACGUGUACUCCACAAAUGUGACUACCGAAAAUUUAUCCAGACAUGAUAUGCUCGCUUGGGUAAAUGAUUGCCUGCAAGCGCAAUUUGGUAAAAUUGAAGAGCUCUGCACUGGCGCUGCUUAUUGCCAGUUCAUGGAUAUGUUGUUCCCAGGCUCGGUGCCAAUGAAAAGAGUCAAGUUCCGUACAAAUUUAGAACACGAAUAUAUUCAGAAUUUUAAAAUCUUGCAAGCAUCUUUUAAAAAGAUGGCAGUUGAUAAGAUAAUACCAGUCGAUAAGUUGAUAAAAGGUCGUUUCCAAGAUAAUUUUGAAUUUUUACAAUGGUUUAAAAAAUUCUUCGAUGCAAAUUAUGAUGGGCGCGAAUAUGAGCCGCUUAUAGCUCGUAGCGGCGUCAAGCUGGGCAAUGGCAUUGGCGGUGGCGGCGGCGGCAGUAGUGGUCGAGGCAGUAGCAACGAUUUACUCGAGAAGCGACCCAUACAGAUGCCAAAUCGAACGCAUGCGUUACCGGCUGUAACACAACGUACCGCUGUUAGGUCGGAACGCGUUGGAGUUUCCAAAGUACCACCUCGCGCCGCAGCACCAGUUGUAACUAAGUCAGCUGCCGUGAAUAAUACCACCGGUGCAGUUAAAAAGUCCGGCGACUCAUCCAAUGCGGUGUCGAACCAACAGAUCGAGGAGUUGUCCAAUCAGGUCAUGGAUAUGCGUUUGAAUUUGGAAGGUUUGGAGAAAGAGCGAGAUUUCUAUUUCUCAAAAUUGCGUGACAUAGAAAUACUCUGCCAAGAAGCAGCAGAAGGUGACCCGCAUCCUUUAAUACAAAAGAUUUUGGAUAUUAUGUAUGCGACCGAGGUAAAGCGCAACACUUCUGAUGGUUUUGCGCCUCCGGAUGAAAUUCCGCCCGAGGAUGAGGAGUAUUAAAAGCAACAACUCGCAAGGAGGAUUGAUUACAGAACUGCAAAUAAACAGAAACUGAGAAACAAAUGUUUAUAUUACACAAAAAAGAAAAAAAACAAGAUUUAAAAAAUACAAGAAUUUAAGCAUAAUAAACUAUGUUAAACAUGAUGGAUAAAUGUUGAAAAUAUUGCUGUACUCAAUGACAAUUUAGAAUGGAAAGUUUCGGCUACUACAGCUAUAACACUCGAAACUGAUGAAGAAGCAAACAGAUAAGGCGAAGUAUCUUUAAUAAAUAAAUACAUGAACAAACUGCUUAAAUUACGAUAAUCUAUAAUAUAAAUACGAACAAAAUCUAACGAAAAUAAACGAUAUUAAUAUUUGAACAUAAAACGUUCAUAAAAAUAAAA